UUUCUAAAUCUUUACCUAGAUUAUUUUUUCUUUUAGUUGUGUUUGCAGCUACGAGAACCGCUGGAUCUAAUCUAAUGGUGUGAGUAAUGAUGUGGUUGAGUGGUCCUUACGGUUGGCAGGUGAACGGGCUGGACAGAAUUUAUGGGUAAACAAAGACAAGGUGCUGUUUAAGAGGUUCAAUUCUCUCGCCGAUGCUUUCCUCCACGACUUCAACUGGGAAAAGAUGAAGGAUACAUUAGAAGAGCUCAGAUCCGUAGUUCUUGAAGUGGAAGAGCAAUCGCUGAAGAACCAGUCGACCAAGUUCUGGCUGAUGCAGAUCAAAGACAUUGCUUACGAUGCUGACGGUCUGGUUGAUGAUUGGGAGCUGUUGAGGAUGAAGUCGAGGAAGAAGGUAUGCAAUUGCCUUCCCCUCUACUGGCACAGAAGCGCUGCAAAGAUGACGGGUCUUCUGUCAAGAUUCGAAGAAGUAGGGAGUAAAUAUCACCUGUUUGAUGCUUCUAAAUCUGUCGAAAAAAGCCCCAGUUUCAACGUCAACGCACAGUCUUCUUCUUUCGUAUCCGAUGAAUCUGUUUACGGGAGGUAUGAAGAUAAAGAGAAAAUCCUGGUUAUGUUAUUUGGCAGUUACCAUCAGGAUCUUAAUGUGAUCCCAGUUGUGGGUAUGGGAGGGAUCGGAAAGACAACCCUUGCACAACUUGUUUACAACGAUGAUAGGGUGAAAGCACACUUUAACUUGACGAUCUGGGUUACUGUGGGCGUAGAAUUCGAUCUUGUGAGGAUUGCUGAAGCGAUUUUGUGUGAUUCAACUGGCAGGUCGCAAAAGUUAUCCAACAUGGAUGCUUUAGAGACUGCUGUUAGAGAUGUGCUGCGGGGAAGUAGAUUUUUAUGUGUGCUGGACGAUGUAUGGUCUCAAAACCAUUCCCAAUGGGAAAUCCUGAGGGGAUGGUUCAGUGCAGGUGCUUCAGGAUCUGCUGUUAUAUUAACUACACGCAACAUAAGUAUUGCAAGUUUCAUGACGCGUGGUAGCAUCUAUUGCUUAGAACCUCUGUCUGAGGAAGUUUGUUGGAGUAUUUUUGGAAGUUUAGCAUUUGGAUAUAUGACGCCGAAAGCUGAAUUGGAAGAGAUUGGUAAGCAAAUUGUUAGAAGGUGUGGAGGACUGCCGCUUGCCAUUAAAACCCUGGGUGGCUUAAUGCGCUACAAAACACAAGUACAUGAGUGGUUAUCUAUCAUGAAUAAUGAUAUAUGGGAUAACUCUGAUAUUUUAGCAGUUUUGAAGCUGAGCUACGAUCAUCUACCUGCACAUCUGAAGCAAUGUUUUGCCUAUUGUUCAGUAUUCCCAAAGGACUACGCAUUCAACAGGGAGAAAUUAAUCCGCUUGUGGAUUGCAGAAGGAUUUGUUGAAUCAACCUUCGGGGAGGAGUUGGAGGAUGUUGCUGAUGAAUAUUUUGUGGAAUUAUUGCACCGUUCCUUCUUUCAGGACAGAAUGACAGAUCCUAAUGGUAUCACAGUGGAGUACCAGAUGCAUGAUUUAAUGCAUGAUCUUGCACAGUGCGUUGUUGGGGUUGAGUCUGCAAUCGUGGAAGAGAAAGAUUCACUGCAUGUCUCAGAAAAGGUUCGUCGUAUCUCUUUAGUUCAUGAAUCUGGGAGUUCAAAAAUUCCGGAAAGAGUCUAUGGAGCUAAGAAAUUGCGGACAUUGUUUUCCUUCUCCGGUAAGUUCGAGAGAAUCCCUCUUCCUUUCCUAAAUUUGCGAUACCUGCGAGUCUUAGGUUUAUCCCAAAGAGGCAUUCAUGAGUUGCCAGACACCAUUGGUACUUUAAAUCAUCUGAGAUACCUUGAUCUCUCUCAUACAUAUAUUAAAUCGAUUCCAGAAUCUAUUGGUAAGCUGAAAUAUUUGCAGACUUUGGAACUUUCUGAGUGCUACAAUCUCGUGGCGUUACCCAAGGCUAUUUGUCUUUUAACAAACCUCAGGCAUCUGGAUAUUAGGUCAUGUUCUUUGAUUCACAUGCCAUCAGGGAUUGGAAAAUUAAGUUUUCUUCAAAAUCUGCCAGCAUUCAUAUUAGGGAAGCAAGCUAACUGUGCUGAACUAAUUGAGCUGCGCGGUCUCAACCUUAGAGGGAGGUUAGACAUUAAGAAUCUUGAGAAUGUGAUAAAUUCGGCACAUGCUCGAGAAGCAGGGCUCCUACAGAAGCUAAGGCUUCGCUCUUUGGGUUUAUCAUGGGGUCGCAAUGCCCAUUUGGCGGCUGCUGCAUUAUCUUUUGAAGUAUUAGAAGGCCUUGUGCCACCCCGGGGUUUAGAAGUGCUGGAUAUAACAGGAUACAAUGGUAAAGUGUUUCCAUCUUGGAUAGCAAGUUGUCUCUCGAAUGUAGUAAAGGUUUCUCUGAUCAACUGCAGUUGUCAACAACUUCCCCCACUGGGGAUGCUUCCAUUCCUUAGGGAUCUCUUUAUAAAAGGGAUGCCUGCAGUGUGCAGUAUAAGUUAUGACUUUUAUAAGAACUGUAAUGAUAUAGCCUUCCCAGCAUUGAGACAGCUUGAGCUUUAUGAUAUGCCUAAUUUGUUGGAAUGGAAAUUGGAUGAAAAAGUUGAAUCAUUCCCUUGCCUUGACACGCUAACAGUGAAAGGGUGCAGUAAGUUGACUGGCUUACCAUCCAUUCCACAUCUCAGUAACUUAGCCCUGUGGCACAGUGAUGAACUACUACUUGCCUCGUUGGCCCAUCUGACUUCACUUUCCACGCUCGCUCUAAACGGAUUACGAGAUCCUAAGGUUUUCCCCUGGGAUAUGGGGAGUUUGAAUUAUAUCAAGCAACUAACGAUGUAUGAUUGCGACAAUCUGGAGUCUCUGUUUGAGGACAUGAGAGGGUUUAGUUCUCUUCAACAAUUAAGUAUUUUAUACUGUCACAAAUUGGAAUCCCUGCCUGUGGGGCUGAGGUACCUUGAUUCACUUAAAAGGCUUGAUAUUGUGGGGUGUGAACAGCUGGCUGAUAUCUUAGACAUUAUGCACUGCCUUUCUUCUCUUGAGGAGUUGAUCAUUGAGGGAUGUCCCAUGUUGCGUUCAUUCCUUUACACAGAUAAGCCUAUCCGUCUCCAAAAGUUGGUCAUCAAAGGAUGCCCUCAAUUAAAGAUCAACAGUGGAGAUUUCAUCACUGAAGAAGAUAUCCUCUGGGAGUCUGAUACUCGAGAAGCACAUAUUCCACGAACUUGAUGACAUCGCUUCCUUCAGGUUUGUUGGUUUGCUGUCGCAGAUGAAUGAAGCAGUUGGGCAGUUUGAAAGCAAAACGUGCUUUCACUUUUGUUGGAGGUGUCAUGAGGGCAUAUUUAAUAACGUAAUUGGUUUUGCUGAGAAGGGGAUGCACCAGUUUGGUUGAUGCCGUUGCUUGAGAAGGAUAGGGAGGUGGGGUAGUUGGGUAUAGGCUUUAAUUGAGCUUCUGUGGUACUCUUUUUCCUUGGCCAAAUUUUCCUAUCUCGAGGUUUAUUUUUGGGAAGGUUUUAAUGAGGCCGCAUUUUAGCUCACUUGUCUCCAGUAUUUUGUAAUAUGUACUCUGAUUUGUACCAUGAACGAAAUUCUUCUUUUUGAUAAAAACCUCAUGUAAAAAUCAUAUAUAUGGAAAGGGUUUGGUAUCUGGCGAUUUACCUUGA